AUGGACGUGGUUGAGUUUGGCAGCCGUGGAUGGGAGCAUCACCUGGGAGGUGCUGGUGAAAUACUCCAACAGCGGAAAGCUACCCUUCAGAAUCGCAGUAUUGGAACCGAUCAUUGGCUGGAAUAUUUUGACACAGCCUACACGACAUUUGGGAUCAUCGGCGCAACACUGGCGCCAGCAAAGGGCUCUUUCGCUCAGCAACUAGCAUCCCUUGAUCCGUCUCUCCUAAGGAUCUUGCGCCAGUCUGAAGAUCAAACUUGGGUUGGCUGUCCUGCCGAGCUGCUGUACCUAGUUUCCGUCAUCAACUCUAUGCGAUCACUCUCGACGUGUUCUGAGGCAGAGCAGUUGAAGGUCGAUGAGCUGUGCAAAGGUCUCGACAACUUCUCGCCGUCUGGUUGGGCAGAGAAUUUCCCAGAUCCGGAGCACUAUCAGUCGCGAUCGCACCUUGCGCACGCUUACAAGGCGGCGGUCGAAGUAUACGCCUCUCACAUUGUAGGGCCGCUGCUCGAUCAAGGGCAUAAUCUCUCUGACCUGUAUCUCGAAGGGGUAACUCGAUCCGGCAUACUCCAUAUGCUCUCCAUUUCAGCCCAGGACUUCCAUGUGAAGAGCCUGGUGUGGCCGGCCUUUGUCGUUGGGGCAGAGAUCCAAGCGGCCGAUCUCAAGAUUAUGGUACGGGAAAUCUUCAGGAAUAUCUGGAUAUCGUCGUGUUGCUACAAUGUUAGAAAUGCCAUUGAGAUGCUGGAAAGGAUCUGGGCCCGAGACGAUGAUGAGAAGAUGGCAAAGUCUUGGCUCAACUAUCUCUGCAUGUCAGCACCACACCCCCUCUGCCCCCUCUCGGGUGCGGAGAUCAAAGCCGCAGCUCAAGUGAUCCAGACUGCUUGGCCAACAUCUGUUUCUCUUCGGUUCAAGGUGGUGACUCUCAGUGAACCCGCCAAGGGAGAACUGGCACCUUACCUGGACGCAAAGGACAAGGGACUGUCUGCGACUCAACCUGACCGCAGGGCUUUCCUUGCGUACUACAUCCGGGGAACGGAUCUCUUCCACGAAGCGGUGGUCAAUCUGACAAGCGGAAAGGUUGAGAGCAACCUCAAGCUUGGUGCUAAUGUCCACGGCAACGUCGACUAUGAUGAGGCUCAGUUGGUCGAGAAGAUUGCACUCGAGGACCCCAAGGUCCUUGCCGAGAUCAAAAAACUCGAGCUACCUGAAGGCACAGUCGUCUGCGCUGAUCCGUGGAUCUACGGAUCUGAUGGUGUCAACGAUGAUGCCCGUCUAUAUCAAGUUUUUCUCUAUAUGAGAGACCCCAACAACUCAUCCGAACCCGACUCUAAUCACUAUGCUUUCCCGUUACCAAUUCUGCCUGUGGUUGAAUGCAACGAGUACAAGAUCAUCCGCAUUGACAUUCUUCCCACCGGUGCGGACAACACCAUCAAGCCCCUUAGCCCAUACACGCCUAAGCCAGGAAACGAGUACAUCCCUGAAGCCCAAAACCUCCGGAAAGACCUCAAGCCUCUGCAGGUUGUUCAACCCGAGGGACCGAGUUUCACCGUCACGCCCGUGGGAGAGACCGGAAAUGUGCUCGAGUGGCAGAAGUGGAGUUUCUUCAUCGGCUUCAACCAGCGCGAAGGUAUGGUGUUGUACAACGUCAAGUAUGACGGUCGUCCGCUAUUCUACAGACUGUCGCUCUCAGAGAUGAGUGUGCCCUAUGGUGACCCGCGCCAUCCCUUCCAUAAGAAAGCCGCUUUCGAUCUCGGUGAUGCGGGCGCGGGAGCCACUGCCAACAACCUGCAGCUGGGCUGUGACUGCCUGGGAAGCAUUCAGUACCUCAGUGGUGUAAUUUCCGAUGACCGCGGUCAGCCGGAGUCCAGAGAUAACUGCAUCUGCAUCCACGAGCAAGAUGCAGGCAUUGGCUGGAAGCACACCAACUACCGUACAGGACGUGCCGCGCUCGUCCGAUCUCGCGAAUUAGUGCUUCAGAGCAUCAUUACGGUCUCCAACUAUGAGUACAUCCUGAUGUUCUUGUUUAAUCAGGCGGGUGAGGUGACUUACGAAGUCCGAGCUACCGGCAUUCUAUCAACACAGCCCAUUGACCAUGAGUUGGACAAGGUCGGCACGUCUUUCGGCACCGUUGUCCACCCUGGUGUCCUCGCGGGACACCAUCAACACAUCUUCUCCCUGCGUGUCGACCCCAUGAUCGAUGGACACACCAACCAGCUGGUGUACUCGGAAGCGCACAAAAUGCCGCGAGAUCCCAACUGGAACCCCCACGGCACAGGGUACGAAGUCAUCGACAAGGUCGUGGAGAAAACAUCGGGUCUUGACCUUGACUUUGACGUGAACCGCACGUUCAAGAUCACCAACCCCAAUUCCCUCAACCCCAUCAACGGGAAACCAGUGGCCUACAAGAUCAUGGCGCCGCCUUUCCAGAAGCUGAUGAGCGAUAACGACAGCUUUAACUACAAGCGCGCCGAGUUCGCGGACCACAACAUUUAUGUCACAACACAUCGAGACCGGGAGCUUUACGCCGGCGGUUGGUAUACCAAUCAGUCUCGUGGAGGCACCGGUGUUAGGGGCUGGUCUGAGCGAAAUGAGACAUUGACUGCCGAGUCUGACAUUGUCGUCUGGGUGCAGUUCGGCAUCAACCAUGUGCCAAGAAUCGAAGACUUCCCCGUCAUGCCGGUCGAAAUUCUCAAGGUACAUCUGAAGCCUGUCAACUUCUUUGACAAGAACCCCGCAUUGGAUGUGCCUCCUAGCGAGCAGAGUUUCAACAAGAGCACUCUGAUAGAAACUAGCAAGGCGGUAAAGGAUGCUGACGGCUGUGGUUGCGACGGCCCUGCUGCAGCAUCGAAGCUAUAG